CCGUGGUGUCUAAUUCCAAGUUUGCGUCUCCGGUUACAGCAUUGUUAACGGAACAGUUCCCCCUGCCUGAAGCUAUCUUGGGCAGCAGAGUUUUAGAAAAUACGGACAGGGGUCAUUUUGUACGGUAUUUGAGCGCAUAAAACGUAGGAGAUUCAGUUGGUUGGGAGACGCAAAUCGCUAACUAACGUUACAGUUCCAUAUCCCCAUAAAGGAAUAUUUAAGUUUGGGAACCAUGUCUCGGGAGCAGCAGGCGGUGGAGCGCGCGCGCAAGGCCUUCCUCACGGGACGGUCCAAGCAGCUGGACUACAGGAUCAUGCAGCUCAAGUCGCUGCAGCGCUUCCUCGUGGAGAGAAGCCAGGAGAUCUGCGAUGCGCUCAAGAAGGACCUCAACAAGAGCGAGCUCGGCACGCCGCUGUACGAGACGCUGGGCCUGGAGGGCGAGAUCGGGCUGGCGGUCAGCAAGCUGAAGGAGUGGGCGGCGCCCCGGCCCGUGGAGAAGAACCUGCUGACGCUCUCGGACCAGGUGUUCAUCCAGCCCGAGCCGCUGGGCGUGGUGCUCAUCAUCGGCGCCUGGAACUACCCCUGGGCCGUCACCCUGCAGCCCCUCAUCGGCGCCAUCGCUGCAGGUAAUGCUGCCGUAGUGAAGCCCUCGGAGGUCAGCGCUCACACGUCUAAGGUGAUGGAGGAACUGCUCCCCGUUUACCUGGACAAGGAGCUGUAUCCCGUGGUUACCGGGGGUGUCCCAGAGACCCAGGAGCUGCUGAGGCAGCGUUUUGACCACAUCUUCUACACGGGGAACCCCGCCGUGGGAAAACUGGUGAUGGAGGCCGCCGCCCGUCACCUGACCCCCGUCACCCUGGAGCUGGGGGGGAAGAGCCCCUGCUACAUCGACAAGGACUGUGACAUCACAAUCGCCUGCCGACGGAUAACCUGGGGAAAGUUCACAAACUGCGGCCAGACCUGCAUCGCCCCCGACUACCUCCUGUGUGAGCCCAGCAUCCAGGACCGUGUGGUGGAAGAGAUUGGCAAGUGUGUGAAGGAGUUCUACACGGAGGACCCCAAGGCCUGUGAGGAUUACGGGCGCAUGAUCAACCAGCGGCACUUCAGCAGGGUGCUGGGGCUGAUGGAGGGCAGUACGGUGGCCCUCGGGGGCCAGAGUGACGAGGCGCAGUGCUACAUCGCCCCCACGAUCCUCCGGGACGUGCAGCCGGACUCCAAGGUGAUGCAGCAGGAGAUCUUUGGCCCCCUGUUGCCCAUAGUAACGGUCAGCGGGCUGGAGGAGGCGAUCCGCUUCAUCAACGCCAGAGAGAAACCGCUGGCCCUGUACGUCUUCUCUCAGGAUAACAAGCUGAUCAAACGUGUUAUCUCGGAGACCUCGAGCGGUGGGGUUCUGGGCAAUGACUGCCUGGUUCACUUCUCUGUGAGCGCACUGCCCUUUGGGGGUGUAGGCAACAGUGGGAUGGGCAGCUACCACGGGAAGCACAGCUUCGACCAGCUGAGCCACCUGCGCGGCUGCCUCAUCAAGUCCCUGGGCAUGGAGGGCGUCAACAAGAUGCGCUACCCGCCCCACACGGCGCAGAAGCUGAGCUGGGCGCGCUUCUUCAUCCUCAAGCAGGUGGACUUCGGCCGCCUGGGCCGGCUGGCCAUGUUCGCCAUGCUCGCCGUGGUCGCCGCCGUGCUGAUCCAGAGGUAUUGGCAGUGAGGGGCUGUUGCAGAUCUGCGCAGAUGGACUCCGGCUGCGCAGUGAGAUUUGGGACCCGCGGCUGUCUUGACCACACAGGCCUUACCCAAAAACCUCAAUUGGGCUACUUUAUCGUCUAACUGCUGAUUAUUUUAUCUACCUUACCCAAAAACCUCAGCUGGGCUACUUUAUCGUCUAACUGCUGAUUAUUUUAUCUACCUUACCCAAAAACCUCAGCUGGGCUACUUCAUCGUCUAACUGCUGAUUAUUUUAUCUACCUUACCCAAAAACCUCAGCUGGGCUACUUCAUCGUCUAACUGCUGAUUAUUUUAUCUACCUUACCCAAAAACCUCAGCUGGGCUACUUUAGCGUCUAAUUGCUGAUUAUUUUAUCCACGACACUUGAUGGAGUUUUUAGUUUUAACCUGUUAGCUCAGGUUGUUUUUUUAAAAAUAGCAUUUAUUUCCAUUACUCUGCAAAUGGAUUUAGUUUUAAUGAAGAGAGCUGAAGGAUGUUGCCUUUACUGGAUUCACAGUUAUUCCAGUAAUGGCUGCUUAAUGGGGGUACUGGGGACCCUGUAUAUGAAGUUCUGUAGUAUUUGUGUCUUCACGUUUCAAAGCUCAGGACCCCUAGUGAAAUGUGAUUGGCUAGGUCUCCCUGUCAUGUGACCAGAGGACAUCCUGUUGUGUAACUGGAGGUCUUCCUGUCCUGGGACCAGAAGUCUUCCUGUCAUUUGGCAGUAGGACUUCCUGUCAUGUGACUGAAGGUCUUUGUGUUAUGUGACUGGAGAACAUCCUGUCAUUUGGCCAGAGGCCUUCCAGUCUUUCCCAGCCAGUUAGAAUAAGCCUUGGAAGUUUGAAUUAAUGCAGGGCAAAAGCCUUUGCCCAUAAAUGGACUUCCUGAUCAAUGGUGAAUUUCUCUAUGGGGAAAAUGAAUGGGAGAUUAACAUAAUCAUCCCUGUCAUAUUCUGUGAUUCGAACUGGCAUUUAAAACUCGGAUGAUUUUGUCCACAAAUUUCUCUCUUAAAUGGCACUGGAUCCACUGAAUUUCCCGCCAAAACAAUUAUUUCCAUUAUGAGGCCAUUGCAGCUAGUCAAAGGUAACAUUAGCCAACGAAGAUAUUUAAAUAAACUACUCAAAUAAGGAGAAUUACUCAUGAGAACAGUAACAAUAAUGACUAUAGCAACAAUAAAGAUAUUGAAAAUAUAUACAACUAUUCAAAAUAGGAAAAUAUAAUUUUUUACGCCAACAGGUAAUAGCAAGCGGUUCAUGUGUGUGAGUGGUAGCUUGAGAUGCAGCCCAAUGUGUGAAAAAAAUGGGUGAAAAGCAUUUUUUUUUUCAUAUGCAAACAUCCAAAUGUGUCAUGCAUUGUUUUGAAGGAAUUUUUUAUCCAGAAGUCUCGAAGAUGCUAACAAAUCUGAAGGAAAUGACAACAUGACUUGUUGGGUCUAUAUCAUCACAGAACUAGAAUAGAAGCACAUGGACAACUCUAAUGAAGGAACAUCAGGUUGAGUUUUUCCAGCCUUUUCUGAAGUAAAACUGAAAUAAUUGUAACGGAUACCUCACGCAAUUCACACUAGAUAUGUAUGGACAUACAUAUGCAUAUUCAGUCAGAAUUAUGUUGGAAAUUCAUAUUCAGUCAGAAUUAUGUUGCUAAUUCAUGUUUACAUUUUUGAUUGAAGUGCAGGAAUGGAUCAGUGUGAAUGUGCACUAGCCAUUAUGAAAUGCAGUGAACUGUGUACUGUAUGUAUUGCCAUGGUAACAUUUUAUUUCUUGUUAAUUCAGCAAUUUAAAAAUAAUGCUCACAACAUAGCUGCUGUUGUAUGGAACAAACAUUUUAAUUAUUUUGCUGAAAUGACAUAUUGUCUGAAAAUCACCUGACAUUUACAAUACUGUGAUUAUAUUCUAUUGUUGGCAAAUAAAAUGUUAGUUUGAAACGUGAA